UAACGCAACGAAGGUAGAGUUCAUGUUGACUUAUUUUGACGUUUGCUAAGUAUACUCCACGAACUGGCAGCCGUAGCGAUAUAUAACCGUAUUAUAUAAGAUAUAUAUGCGAGAAGCCGCCCGGGACGCAGACAUGGUCCAUGACGUCACAAUGCUGCGUCAACGUCGACUUUCCGCCAUACUGCCGUUUCGUUCCACAUUGUCGCUCUGUGAUCGUGAGACAAGUUUCAAGUUGUCGCGGUUUCAGAAAGGCUGGCCCAGAAAUUAGGAACACGCGACGAGACUGCCAAUGCGUGGUUUCGAGAGGAAGUCUGCCGACAGGAAACAUGAAUUACUCUCGGUUCCUCACAGCUGUUAGUGCCGCAAGGAAGCCGUCGCCCAUCAGGAUGCUGACCGAGCUGCAGCAGCGCUCGCCCCCGUCGCUGAUUUCACUGGCCGGAGGGGCACCCAACCCCGACACGUUCCCCUUUGAGUCGGCCGUCAUCAAGGUCAAGAAUGGCCCGGCGGUCUCCUUCGAUGAGGCAGCCAUGAAAAGGGCCCUCCAGUACUCCGCCUCCAACGGAAUCCCCGAGCUGCUUAUGUGGAUGAAGAACCUGCAGAAGGACCUCCACGACCCACCGACGGCUCUCUACAGUCCGGAGAAGGGACAGAUGGAUGUGUGUGUGACCACAGGGAGCCAGGAGGGACUCUGCAAGGUAUUUGAGAUGCUAGUCAGCCCAGGAGAUGACGUCCUGCUGGACUCACCCACCUACCCUGGAACGCUGGCGGCGCUCCGGCCCCUGGGUUGCAACAUCGUCAACGUCCGGAGUGAUCAGCACGGCAUUAUACCGGCGGCCCUCGAGGAGGUCUUGUCCCGUUGGAACCGGUCAGACGUCCUCAGGCCCAAGGUCCUCUACACGAUUCCUAAUGGGGGGAACCCCACUGGAGCGUCCAUGACCGCACAGAGGAAGAAGGAAGUCUACGAGCUUGCAAGAAUGUACGACAUGCUCAUCAUCGAGGACGACCCCUACUACUUCCUGCAGUUCGACAAGCCUUGGGCGCCGACCUUUCUCUCCAUGGACGUAGAUGGGCGCGUCAUCAGAACGGACUCCUUCUCCAAGAUUCUGUCUUCGGGCUUGAGGAUUGGCUUCGUGACGGGGCCCAAGCCACUGGUGGAGCGGGUGGUGCUGCACAUCCAGGCCUCCACCAUGCACACCAGCACCUUCACGCAGCUCAUGGUGUCACAACUCUUGCACAGCUGGGGCCAAGAUGGCUUUCUCCACCACACACAUGGGGUGAUAGAGUUCUACAGAAAACAGCGGGACGCAAUGAUUAACUCCGCUAACAAGUGGCUCACAGGUGUGGCCAAGUGGCAUGCCCCCUCGGCAGGGAUGUUUCUGUGGAUCGAGCUGACGGGCGUGCGUGACACCCAGAAGCUCAUCAUGGAGAGGGCCUUGGAGGAGGAGGUGCUGCUGGUUCCAGGAAGUGUGUUCAUGAUCAACAGCGGCGAGCCAUGUCCUUAUGUCAGGGCAGCAUUUUCACUGUCAACGCCUGAACAGAUUGACGAAGUAUGCACGUGCAUGCUAAAACACACAUGCGCGAUACAAAACGCUGAAUUUCUUCAUUUCUCUCCCAACAGGCUUUCGGACGCCUUGCGAGCCUCAUCAGAGAGGCCCUGUGAGUUGUGACCUCUCCUCCUUUUAUAUUUUAGUCAAAAGGAUUGUAUGGCAUUUAUAUGCAGUAAUCACGUGGAUUUCUGUCUAAUUUGGGCAUAAAAUGUCAUCUGAUCGUCAUCACUCGACUGUUUUCUUAAACAUAUACCACAUAAACAUUUGUUUUCCUGUUUUUUACUGAACACAGCUUGUAAAGCCACGGUGCGGGGUGGAAAACGUAUGUGAACCUUUAGAUUUGAUAACGAGUUGAGCUUCCUUUGACAGCAACGACUUCAACCGAAAAAGAUCAGCCCUACACAACGGUCAGGGAGAAUUUUUAAGCAUUCGUCUUUGCAAAAAAGCCUUUCAGUUCAGCAAUUUUCUUGGGAUGUCGGGUAUGAAUUGCUCUCUCGAGGUAACGCUACAGCAUGUCGAUCGAGUGCAGGUCAGAACUCGCAGCUCGGCCACUCCAGAAGGCAUAUUCUCUUCUUUUGAAGCCAUUCUGUCAUUCAUUUACCUCUGCGCCAUUGUCCGGACGCGUCACCCAAACUUUGUUGGGAACUGAACUGUGAGGCAGACGCUCUAACCGGUCGGCCACGUUCCGCCCGUGACUUUCAUUUAUCAAUAAUUGCGUGAGCGAUCUGUUUUUAGGCUUUCGUUUUUGACUUCCGUACGCUCCGAUCCACCGUGAUUACCACAGGGAUGUUUGACUCAAGUUCACCAAUCAAACGACACAAGAAAGUCACAUGUCCGCACACAGUCUUCUGUUGGGCUUCGCGGGCCGUUCGAAGGGAGUCGUGACAACCGCGCGCGGGUUGUUUACAUUACGGACUACGAAAAACACCAGCUAUAACAUGCAAGUGUAGUUUUGUCACAGCCCAAACUUGGACAUUUCAGCCCACUUCUGACUUGAGAAAACACCUUGCGGUAAGUUGCAAUGUUUUUGCUGUUGUUUUGGCUGUGCAUAUGGCAACAUUAGCCCUAUUUUAUGGUCACAAGUAACUGUAAAACAUGCAUGUAAAACAUCUUUUGGGGUACAUCCUGUUUUCACACACACUUUGGCAGUGUCUGGUCAGCAAACAACUUCUCCAUUCAGUACUUUUUGUGGAUAAAGCAAAUAAUGCUUCAGUAAUGCCCGACGCAUGUGUUGUUGUUUUUUUCCACUUAAAAAUGGAAAUGGUGGCAGGAGUGUGUACAGUACACUCCCAUUGAACAGGAGUUUGAACGUGAUCCGUUACGUCGGAACAGAGUCACAUGCCAGUUAUAAGAGGGAGUGCAUCCUUGUGCAACCAGAUUUAUUUGAUUUCAAGUUUCUUUCACCAGGUAAAAGACCAGUGAAAACAGAACAUCUCUUUUGCAAUGGUCAAGUUUAUUUCAGUUGUUUACAACAAAAAGUUGAGUUGUGCAAAUUCUAGGUUACAUUAAUGGUGGUGAAAAUGAUUUAGCUUGGUCAAAAAACCUGGCAUUUGAACAGGGGUGUGUAUACUUUUUAUGUCCACUGCAGCCAUGUUCCUGUUUUUGUAAUCUGCCUGGUGAGCCUAUAGUAUUGUGCUCUUUAACAAGUACAAAGAGUAUAGUAGAAUAAUAAUAUAAUCUUGACUUUCAGCUCUGCAGAUGACACACAGUUAUAUCGAGCAGUGUCUCCAGAUGACUACGGUUCAAUUGAGGUGUCGUGGCAAUGACCGAUGG